AAACCACUGGUCCAGCAGAAGCCCAUCACCAACUACGUGCACUCUUGCUUUCUAGUGAAUAACUAGGUCAAAUUCCGCGAAUAUCAAACGUGACGCAAACCCACCCACCCCGACAACAACACAGACUUUCUUUCUCUCUCCUUCCUUCUCGCCCCUCCCUUCCAUCCCCAUCCACACCCCGCGCACAGCUCGCCGCUCCCGUAUCCACCAUGCCCCUCAAGGUUCUCCCCGCCUCCGCCCCCGACGUCCACCGCUCCGUCGCCAUCGAGAAGCGCGCCUACGGACCCAACCGCUACAGCGUCGCCCUCUUCCCCGGCCCUUUCCCCGACCCCGCCCCCGGCGCCGGUCCGGACGAUGCCCGCGUCGACACCCUCCUCGAACAGCUGCGCGAGGACCCCGCUGCCUGCCGCUGGUUCAAGGUCGUCGACACCGACAUCCCAGCCAGCGAUGGCGGUAACGACGGCGAAAUGAUCGCCUUCACCAUGUGCUACUUUUGGACCACGCCUCGCGACUCGCUGCCCCCCCGGCCCGCCUGGGGACCCGGCACGAACCCCGAGGCUUGCGAGCUCUUCUUCGGCAAGCUGCGCGACGAGUGGCUCGCCCGAAUGGCUGGUAAGCCACAUGCUUACCUCAAGCUCCUCCAUGCCGACCCCGACCACCAACGCCGGGGUGCCGGCUCCAUGCUUCUGCGCCAGCUCGCCGUCGAGUCCGACCGCCUCGGCCUCCCGACGUAUCUCGAGGCCAGCGAGGAAGGCGUCUCGCUGUACGAGAAGAACGGCUUCCGCCGAGUCGCCACCAUCGUUACGGACCUGUCGCAGUGGAGCGGGCCUACCGACGCAGAAACCGUCCUGAUGCUGAGACCAGCGAAGAACUAGCUUCCGAUCCAAUCCUUGUAAUAUUGCUCACGCGAUGCCAGCGCCCGAUAUUUACUUCAGACUCUCGGCUCUGGGGGAUUGGAACGACAAAAGGGGGGAGGCUUCGCUGACGCCCGUUAUGAAUUUCGAAAAUGUUGCAACCUGUCAACUGUAACUUUAAGGACGUUAAUGUACAAAUUUUCAAACUCCCUUCAACGCCGACUCGCAGGGGUAUAAUCUAUUUUUCUAUGCCUUUGGCCUCGACUUCUCAGGGGUAAUCGUUGCGUCAGCGCAACCCUGCUCAAUAGUACUGCGG